UAUUUUAAUACUCAACACAUAUCUUUUCAGUCCAAGAUUUCUUUAUAUGUGGCCAAAUGCUCGCAUAUCAGUGAUGGGAGGGGAGCAGGCUGCAACUGUUCUAGCUACGAUAGCUAAGGACCAGAAAAAAAGAGAGGGAAAACAGUUAUCUAAGGCAGAUGAAGAAGCCUUGAAGGAGCCAAUCAUUAGGAGGUUUGAAGAGGAAGGAAACCCUUAUUAUUCCAGUGCUCGGCUGUGGGAUGAUGGAAUUAUUGAUCCAGCUGAUACUAGACUGGUUUUGGGCCUCAGUCUCAGUGCAGCACUAAAUGCACCUACGAAGAAGACAGAAUUUGGGGUUUUCAGGAUGUAACCUGAAUGUAUGCUAGUCAGAAUUACCUCUGCAUAUUUUAACGUGGACUGGAGAGUGAAGUUACUUACAACAUUGAAGUGUUUUAAACUGGUUUAAGAAAUAAAGGCUUAUACAAUGCUGUUCUUGAUGGAAGUCUUAAUUAUAUAUUUUCACUGACUGCUCAUCGUACAGGCCUUUGAUGUCUUGAUACUGAUCUGACACCAGUCAGACAUAGUACUUGUAGAGCUCUGCAUUGCUCAGUUCAUGAAUAAGCUGCAACUUCUGGCAUUAAGUUAAAAUGUUUGAUGAGAAAUCAUUCAUCAUUCACUAAUAAAUCUGCAAAAUAUGCUGCAUA